UCGGCCUCGUCUCGGUCUCGUUCUUGCGCAGACACGGAGCCAUCUUCUGCACAAAUCGAGAGAAAAAACCCGUAUAUCUCGCGUCAGACCUGGGUCCCGGCGCAGAGGGCUGGUUCCUCGGUGGUUCUCCCCGUGUGAGAGUCCGUCCGUGUGUCCGUUUGUGUGGGUCUGUAGCAGGGGCCGGAGCGCGGCUGAAGAUGCGCCUGUGUGCGGAGGGCCUGGCGGGGCUGAGCUGUGAGGGCUGUGGGGGAGUGGAGCUUCCUGUGGCGUUUCCUCUGUUUGUAAACUAGCGCUGAAGAAAACCACGGCCGACGACAGCGCUCAGUUUAAUACUAGAUGAGCCCUGACCAUCCUGACUGACGCUCUGUGGAUGACCCUGCGCCCACACUCCCCACAGCCAUGUCCCAUCUGCCCAGCAGCUCAGUGCGCGACCAUAUGAAAUGGGCGGGGCUGCUUGGCUGCGAGGCUGUCCUCUCCAGCAUGGCCCUGAUGCAGGCCAGUACGAUGGGCGCACCGCCCAAGAAGAUGAUGGCUCCACUUGGCCAUGGCCCCCCACCGAGAGAAGUCCCAGACCGACCCCCCCAGAGCCACAUGAUCCUUCCAUCGGGGAUGAGCUGUCCGCCUCUGCUUAUCCGAAAGGAAGGAGAGUACCAGACGCCUCGACUUCUGGACGAUAAGGAUAUGAGGGCGAACGAGGAUCAACUGAAGAAGAAGAACAGGAAAUCUGUGCCUCCGUGUAAAGUGAGAGAACACGACGAGAGGGGAGGGAAGGGACCAAACGGAGACGAGAACGGCCCUUCGUCAAAAGUGCAGAAAAACUUUAUUUGUGAUCACUGUUAUGGAGCGUUUAGGAGCGGAUACCAUCUGAAAAGACACAUCCUCAUUCACACAGGGGAGAAGCCGUACGCGUGUGCUGUGUGUGACAUGAGGUUCAUUCAACGCUAUCACCUGGAAAGACACAGCCUCAUUCACACAGGAGUGAAGCCGUACGCUUGUUCCAUGUGUGACAUGCGGUUUUUCCAGCGUUACCACCUGGAGAGACACAAGCUCACUCACACUGGGGUGAAGCCGUACGCUUGCUCCAUGUGUGACAUGAGGUUCUUCCAGAGGUACCACCUGGCCCGACACAGCCUCACUCAUACUGGGGUGAAGCCGUACGCUUGCUCCAUGUGCGACAUGAGGUUUUUCCAGAGAUAUCAUCUGGCCCGACACACUCUCACGCACACGGGGGUGAAGCCGUACGCUUGCUCCAUGUGUGACAUGAGGUUUUUCCAGAGAUACCAUUUGGCCAGGCACAGCCUCACUCAUACUGGAGUGAAGCCUUACGCCUGCACCAUCUGUGACAUGAGGUUUAUCCAGCGCUACCAGCUGGAGCGCCACAGUCUGACACAUACAGGGGUGAAGCCGUACGCUUGCACCAUGUGUGACAAGAGGUUUUUCCAGAGGUAUCAUCUGGCCAGACACAGCCUCACGCACAUGGGGGUGAAACCGUACGCUUGCACCAUGUGUGACAUGAAGUUCUUUCAGCGUUACCACCUGGCCCGACACAGCCUCACGCAUACUGGUGUGAAGCCUUACGCUUGCACCAUGUGUGACAAGAGGUUUUUCCAGAGGUAUCACCUGCAGAGACACAGCCUCACGCACAUGGGGGUGAAGCCGUACGCUUGUACCAUGUGUGACAUGAGGUUUGUCCAGCGCUACCACCUGGCCAGACACAGCCUCACUCAUACGGGUGUGAAGCCUUACGCUUGCACCAUGUGUGACAAGAGGUUUUUCCAGAGGUAUCACCUGCAGAGACACAGCCUCACGCACAUGGGGGUGAAGCCGUACGCUUGCACCAUGUGUGACAUGAGGUUUGUCCAACGCUACCACCUGGCCAGACACAGCCUCACUCAUACGGGGGUGAAGCCGUUUGCUUGCUCCAUGUGUGAUAUGCGGUUUAUUCAGCGUAACCACCUGGAGAGACACAGCCUCACUCAUACGGGAGAGAAGCCUUUUGCCUGUGACAUGUGUGAUAUGCGGUUCAUCCAGCGCUACCACCUGGAGCGGCACAAACGCGUACACAGCGGAGAGAAGCCGUACCAGUGCGAGCGCUGCCAGCAGAACUUCUCACGGACUGACAGGCUGCUGCGUCACCGGCGUCUGUGCCAGGGCCGUAGCGUGCCCAAAGUGGAGACCCCUCAGUGCUGCGAGCCGCGGCCGUACCCCCAGGACCCCCCUCCUGCCCCCCCAACAUGGAGCCCCCUUCACCCACCUCCGGGACGCCUCGCCGUCUGACAUAUAGCCCCGCCGCCAUCUUGGAUCCACGUGGGACAGGCCACAGGGUUUCCUCGUCGCUGAGGCAGGGGCACGCGCCAUAGACAAAACCUGAGCAGCUCCAAGAGAGAAGAGAAUACUGACAAACUUUGAUUUUUGUUUAUUUUUUACAAUUUUUUUUUUCUUUCACCGUAAAUUUUUACAAACUGUCUACAAAAGUGUUCCUGUUUUGUAAUCUAUUUUUUCUUUGCGGAAAUCUUUUUAUUAUUGUGAAUCUAAAUCUUUUCCUGGUGGUACUAGUGAAGAGGAAGGACGUCUUGACAGAGUUUGGUCAUGUUGAAAGUAUUUGAACCAUUUUGGGGCGGUAGGUUUGAACUGUAAGCAACCAUUACUUAAGUGAAAGUUGAAACUGCAUUCAAAACUGUUCGAAUUCUUCAGUUGCAGUUUCAGCAGUGUAAAUAAGAGUCGUCAUUAUAUCGCUUUCGUAAUGGUGUGGCCCAAGUAGUUCAAAUGAAAAAUCUUGUACAUAAAACACUAACCACCAGUGCUUCGAACUGUAAACUUCCGAGCCUCCAAAAGUGAGCGAUGUCGUCCUGUUAUGAUGCUUCUGGACUCGGAUUGGUUGGCUGUGGUCAUGCGAUGCCGCCAACUUUUCCUGGACUCCAAUUGGAUGGCUGCGGUCACAUGACUUGCUGCUGCAUCAGGAAAUAGCGCAUCUUUGUGGAGAGGCCAUCGACCAGCCCUUCCUCAUUCAAGAGUCCUAAAUCUUGAGUGUUUUUUAGUCCUGGUCUAAGUAAAGGUAGGCUAUGCUAGGCCAGCGCUACCACGUCUUCUGUACAAAACAUUGUGAGUUCAGUGGGGUUACUCAAAAUCUCGUGGCCUUAGUGUUGUUGCUUUUCAUUUUGCCUUUUUCUCAACUAUUGCGAAUCUUGGAUCAGAAGAAGACGGCAAGCAGCGUUUUGUUUUUUUGUUUUUUUAUGUAACUGUCGGUUACCCAAAGUCGGUAACUUCCUUGUCUAGCUGUUGUCUUGAUGAGUAUUUUUACUGUAUACAAACCAGUUAGGCAAAACAUUACGAUCACUGACAGCAAGUGAAUAUUUUGUCCGCAAAGUUGUUAAAGGAGAAACAAGAUUGGGAUUUGAGCCAGUUUAGUCCUGGUUUGGUGCAGGUCUUGUAGGGUCUUCCCACUCUUUCUAACUUAGGUGCUUCAGGCCUGGUUAUGUCUUGAAUUGUACAUGGUUGAGUACCGGGUUAGACCUGGCUUAGUCAUGGGGUAGUCCAGGUUUGGUAUAGGUCUUGUGGGGUAUUCCAGGUUAGCAGUGGUCAGCAUCUAUUUGGGGUGCGUAAGACCUGGUUUAGUCCUGGGUUAGACCUUGGUUAGACCUGGGUAAGGUCUCGUUUGUAUCGGUAUUGUGGGUGUAACCAAUCUACAGUGCUCAGUGUUAAUAAGAAGAGCUUAAGAUCUGGUUUAGACCUGGUUUAGCCCUGGUUUGGUACUGCAAUUUUGGGUGUUCGUGGUCUGCAUUACUCAGUAUCAAUCAGAAGUGCUUAAGACCUGGUUUAGACCUGGUUUAGCACCACAAUUUUGGCUGGUCUGUCUGCAAUGCUCUUUAUCAAUCCAAGGUGCUUAAGACCUUGUUUAAUCCUGGGUUAGAUCUGGUUUAGUCCUGGUUUGGUAUUGCAGUGCUCAGUAUCAAUCAGAAGUGCUUAAGACUUGGUUUAGACCUGGUUUAUUCCUGGGUUAGACCUCAUUUAGCCCUGGUUAAGACCUGAUUAAGUCCUCAUGUGGCACCACUCUACACAGCACAGAUUGUUGUUAAAAUGACUGAAUUAUGAGCCGGUGGUCGUAAUGUUCUGCCUGGCGGUUGUAUAUUUAACAGUAUGUAACAUUUAGGAGCUCUAAUAGGCAGUUGAUGCUUCCCUCUGCGAUGCUUUGUCCACCCAGUCAUAGGCCAAGGCACAAAAAUAACCUUUUUUUGAGUCGACUACAACUUUUUUAUCCAAAUACUAUGAUGUGAUUGCUGUAUAUAACGUGUCUAUUCAUUUCUAUUGGUUCAGCCUUAAGUGAGAGUGAAUACUGUACUCGGAAACAAAGGUAGAACUUCAUGAUAUUGUAACAAAGAUUUACUAUUGAGCGUACUGAUCCUUUCCGUGUGCCAGAGUUUUCUCAAUUGGAUUAAACAGACUGAAACUACAUAGGAGCUUAAGACAACUGUGGUUAUCUAUAUACAGUCACUGGCCAGUUAAUUAAAGAUGAGGUUUAAAGACGAGGUAUUUUGCUGACUUCUAUGGGGUAUUAAUUGUUAACACAUAGCAUAUUUAGAUGACCAUGUUACCUUUUAUUUUGAAAAAAGGCAGUAUUCCCCCCAAAACGUGUUAAAAUGUUAGUUUAAUUACUUUCGGUUGCGUUUUUGAUGCUCUGAGCCUCCCCUCCCCUUGCACUAAGUCACCCCGAAUAGAGCCAGUGCCCAGGAGAGAUCGCUAGAUUACUCAGACAUGCAUGGAUGACAUAUAAAACCUCUUCAGGCAUGUUUUUGGUGAGGGAACAGUGUAAUAACAUGGUAGAAAGCUCCAAAAUGUACAUCUCUAGACAAUACAAUGAAAUCCUCACAGGGAAAACAAUUUUGAGUUGGACUUGAUGAGGAAAAGUACCUAAAGGAUUAACCUACUGUUUGAUUUUAUGCAUGUUAUAGACUGAACAAUUGUCUUUAAAUCAGAACUAUUCUGCAAAAUGGACUUUUCAGAGCUUUGAACCAUGUUAUAGUUGUUUCCUUUCAACCUUUACUCACCUGAAGUUCUAUUAGCAGUGAUUCGUGCGUAUUUGAGUUGUCUUUCGAGAUGCCAUUUUGCCGAUCAACCCCCGUUUAACCUCGACCAGUACACCCCCACGUCAUUCUCGAAUUUAAUUUUCUUAAACGGUGAUAUACGUAAAAAAAAAUCCACUACUCGCUACUGUGAUGUGCAGCUAUCCAUAGGGGGCGCUGACAGCUGCACAGCUCUUUGUUGUGAUGACAUUUAUGGCGACGUCAGCUCCCACUGGACACUGUAGUUUUAUAAUGUGGAAUUCAGUGGAUUUGUAUCUUUUAUUAAGUUGUUUUAAAUUAAUUUUGUGAUUUAAAAUGUGUAAAUUCUAACAUAAUGAUCCACAGGUGUUAGAUUAUAACUAUAGAGCGGCACAAGCAAAACAGGUCUGCUUUAAAACAGUUGUACCUUGUGAAAUCGUUGUAGUUCCUCAUUCCCCUAGACUAGUACCGGUUUGGCUGAUAACCAUGACUGAUGUUAAGGUUUUAAAAUCUAUAAUAAGGACCAAUUUUUUGUUGAGUUAUAAUGAAGUUUACAUAUUAACGUUUCACUUUUGUAAAAAUAUUACCUAAUUUUCCAUCAAAAAAUUUGAUGUGAUUGGGAAACAAACUUAGAAUGACACACAGGCACAGACAGAUGGGGAAAAAACAUCCAAAUAUCAGCAAGAUUUUCAAUAUUAGACCAAUGCUGAUAUCUGGGGACCUCUUUCGAUAUUGCUAAUAAUGUUAAACCAUCCCUAUUCCAGAUAACAUUGAAAACAACUCAACAUUGUCCAGAUGACGUCAUUUGAAACUUAAACCUUGAGGAGUGGCCAGUGACAGUAUAUGGUCAGUUUUUGCUCUUAUGCCAUUAUAACCGCACAAACUGAUAUUGUUGUUAAAGGGCCAGUACCUGAUUUUGAGCGAAAAAACAAACUGAACGAAUUAACUGUUAGCUCCGCCCACUUUUUUUGAAUCUCAAGUUGAACCGUGACUGAAACAGCAAAUGUCUAGGAUAGCCACAGGUAGUUGUUUCCAGAUAAUAAAAAAAACUGCUUUUAUGAAAUACGUUAUGGAGUUGGGGUAAAAUAUACAAUUUGGAAUUUUAUUUUGAUAAUCAGAAUCAGAAUCCUUUUAUUGCCAUUGUUUGUGAACACAGUUCAUAAACUAGGAACUUAUUUUGGUGAUAAAGUGCAACAUAAAACAUAAAACACACUGAAUAAAUACAAAUACAAAUAAGGGCAUGCACGAAGUUAAAAAAAAAGAUAUGCUUAAAAAUCAAAUGAAGUACUUAAAGGUAGAAAAUAUAUACAACAGCAGCAUCAGAACAACAGUGCAAACAUGACUUAUUAGAGUGACCGGUGUUAUAAGUGUCCAGUUUUGUGCAAAUAUUAUAAAGUGUUCAUGAGACAAACUGCAGAGGGGAAGAAACUGUUCUUAUGGCGAGAGGUUCUGGUCCCAAUGGACCGUAGCCUCCUGUCAGAGGGAAGUGGCUGGAUAAAUGGAUUACGUUCAAAGUUCGCAUUUUAAAGAAUGGACAAAAGGACUGAAAUAUGAACUGGCAAAGGUAUACAAGAAUCACAUUUCAGAACAUGGUUGUACAGAUCGAAACUACUCAGCAGUUUUUAUGCAGACUGGCUAUCUGGAUAUUAUUUUCAGGUACUGGCCCUUUAAGAUUUUGGAUUGAGAAAAUGUGUUGGGAAUCUGGGGAGGUUACUGGCACAAGCACAUAGCAAAACGGGGAGAUAGUCUUACACGUAGUCCACUGUUAACUUUUCUGUCACAUUUCGUAUUAUUCAACCUGUUGCAAUAGAUCCUUGUUUAUAGUUUUGCAGGUAAAAAUUUUGUUUGAUAAAUUCUCAUUGUAUUUUGAAUGAUUGUUUUAAGGACCUUUUUAUUCUGAUGAAAUUGUGAACACUGGAGGUAAAAAAAAAAAAAAAGAUAUAAACAUUUAUUUCAUUUAUUAGAUUUUAGUUUUUAGGAACGUGGUUCUCAAUCACGGUGCCCACAUAUAUCCCAUUCGUUUUUGUUUUGUUUUUUAAAUUUUAAUAUCUUUUUAACAUUUUGAUGGCACAUGUAUUUUAAAAUUAAUGCGGCAGUGUAGAACUUUUCCACCAUCUGCUUGUCUCUAUUGCUCGCUUUGCUUGGAAUGAACAACAGUAUGGCUUUAAACUUGUCUUUCUUGUCUAUCUCCAUGGAGACAAGCAGUUACAGGCCUAAUCUGUGGAGAGGCGAUGCCGUUCACUUUCACAGUAAACUCAAAACAUUCCCUGAGACGACAUAGGAAUCAACACAGAAAAACAAUGUAACGUCAUACUCCAAAACAUUCCAGGCAAAGCAACAUCUCUAUGGAGACCAGCGAGAAGUGGCCAUCUCUCCACCGGGAAAGUUCCACUGUGCGCCUUUAAACAAUAUCAGUCAAUGCUAACAACUAUUUCAGCAUUGUCGGGGCCCACCUGUUGAGAACCAUUAUUUAGUCAAAGCCGAUUCCUCAACAAAACACAUUGGAGAAAUACAUUGGCCGCCCCAUGAAAUUAACCUUAUUUCUACCAAGUCCCUGUUAACUGUAGUAAUUUAUAUUGGUAUUAGACGAAUUUAAACAGUAGCAAUCACAAAUUAGUUGUUUUUUAUUAGUCUUGCAUGCGGAGUUACGGUCCUCGUUUAAAUUAAAGGAUCUUAGUAUAAUCUUUAUUUUAUGAAGGCGAAAAAUAAAAAUAACUUCGUAAAAUUCUGAUCAUUGUAAAACGGGCUAACCAUUCUUUCAUGUACCUCGUGAUCCAAAAGUUUAAUCUGUUUGAAAAUCAGAGGAGAGGCUUCUUAUUAUUAUCAUGAAUAAAAUCAUUUGUAAAGGAAAA